AUGAGAAUCAGGCGGGCUGUACGUGUAGACAACUUAACGGGGGUCUACGUCCUUCGCAAAAAGUGCCGGUGCAUUGAGCUUUUUUUUUCCCAGAUUCUGGCCAACAGCACUUCUACCCUCAGAAGUCCAACCGGUGCCAACAUGUAUGCCGAAGAACGAUAUAGUAUGCACUGGGGUUGGUAUCUGCUCUUUCUUGUGGUGGUGAUCGUUGGCUGUACCUGGAAGUAUUUUACCGACAUCUUCUUGAUAGACAAAGCUGGGAGCGAAGAGAUUGCUCAGGGUGGGACGCCGUACAAGCACUUGCCUCCGGGCAUCAGUUUAGACGGACUCAAAGAGAGGAAAGGAAGGAGAAAAGAUAUUUGAAGUGAAAAGUGAGCCAUGCUCAAUCGUAGAUACAUUGGAUACGAAGCCUGGGGGGUAAGGUAUCAAUGUCAUCCCUAUGCUACAGCAGUAUGCUGUGCCGUUGGGGCUAGGCUCAUGUACAGUCUAGAUAUGUGUCCAUAAAAGAUCUGGUUGAAGUUCCAUUGAUACACGUUUUCCUGAGUGUUGGACAGCCAUGCGGGCAAUGAGUAGUGUGUUGUUGGGGAAAAUGGCUCAUGCUUUCAAUCAGUCUGGUGUAACUGUUUCAGAAAACUGGCAGGCUAGAGUUAGUAGUAGUCCCUUAGUGACUGAUUUGUCAAGCGGAAGGAUUGCAUUCUCCGAGUACAAAGUUGGACCGUCGCAUUUGGCAAAACCUGGCAACCGUAUGCGUAGAAUCGCCAAAUCAAUGUUAUAUAGCUAGCUAGUAUAUAGCUGCAGUGCUCAAAUUAUGACUGUUCAUUCAAUGGUCCGGCGGACUGACUCGAGGAU